AUGCGCGCGGAUCAGCUGACCAGAGCAAACGGCUUUCGCCAAGUUGUGCAGACCCUCACCGGCCCAGGACAUCGCGGACCGACCGGCUUGUCCCUCCACACCAAUACAGCCAUUGAAGCCAAGCUCAGGUGGCUCAAGACGAGCAAAGCGAGCGCGUCGAGUCGUGGCUCGGAUGACCCUGAUGCACUGGACGUAGACCUGUCGGAUGCUUUUCCUUCCUCUGCAGAGUCACUCUCGCGCUCCACGCCAAAAUUCAUCGUUAUCUUCACGCAUGAGCACAUGACAGAGAUGCUCGAGCGACGCGGCUUCACGGCCUUGCUAGCCGGCAAGGGAUUUCGUCAGACGAGCGUCAUUCUCGAUACGAGCGACGCGUUCUUGCAUCGCAUGUCAAUCACAGACGAAUCGCUCUUCGCGUCCGAGCAUAGUCUGCGACCGUCUGAGCGGUUCUUGAUUGACUACUAUGCUCGCAGACAUCGACGAUGGCGGGCGGAAUCGAUCACAUCGGUCCAGCUCGCGCGACGCUUGCUUGACUCUGGAAGCUGGGCGGAAUUGCAUGAGCGCACAGGCGAGGUCAGAUCGCCUUACAUGUCACUCCAGACGGCCGAGCGUGUGAAGUCAGUCGUAUCCAACUUACUCAACGCGUGCACACCGUCCUCGAAGUCAGGUCAUGGCUUAGAUGUGAUCGAGAUCGCAUGGCUACAAGCUCAGUCGCCAUUGGCCAAGUCAGCCUCAUUCAGCAAGCUACCGGGCCAAAGGUUCCCAGGCCUAGGUCUGGGACAUGAGCUGGGCAGCUUGUUCGAGCAAGUCGCAGUGGCAGGCCGGACGACAGACGGUCUGAUCUGCCUGCCCUUUGCAUUCCACAAUGCGCUCUACUACGCUCGCGCGGGCUACCAUUUUCUCUCCCCAGCCUUUGAAGCCUACUUCCGCAUGGCUGCCACUUUCUCAACGAAGCAUCUGCUGGAGCCUCACGGGCUUGUCUUCGCCGCUUGGGCAUGGACGAACGGGCAUGUCAAGCGAAUCGUGGAGGAUGCCGAUGGUGUGGAGGAGUCACGUGGCACGGAAGUCUGGUCACCAGAGGAGCAAGUCCUCCCGAGUGGUAUGGCUCUGCACUCCCUUUUCGACAGUCCUGCCUAUGCCGGACUGCUGCAAGAGUGCAUCAGCCUCUACGAUCCAGCGACGGGGUCCAUUGAGCUCGAGGGAAAGAAACAUCGCCUCGAGCUCGACCUCGAAGGUGCCGUUGAGAUCUGGCAAUACUCCAAAGAUCCUCACCUGCGGUCUAGAGCAUCCAGACUGUCCGACUGA